GCGGUUGCCAGGGGAACGGGCCCAGCGCCUGAAGAGUUCCAGCCCGCGGCGGCCUGGCCCGGCCGUACCACCAGCCUGCUCCAGCAGGAUCCCGGGGACUUGCUGGCCCAGCCACCGUCGCGCGGCCCAGGAUGGGGCUCUGCUCCGGGCUGCGGCGCCGUCUGGUCCCGGGGAUCAUAUCCGCUGCGAGAGUCUGAAGUGCUGCCGCCCUGGAGGGUGGACGUCCAGGCGCGGGGGCUGAACCACUGGGUGACCUUGGCAGGGCCGAUCUGGCUCGGUCGCCGCGACGCGCAGGCGGGAUUUCCUUGCUUGUCAGGCGUGGUACAGGUCUCUGGAGCCCACAUUUGGUCCGCAUGGUAGCACAAUGGGGCCUGGAGGGGUUUUAGCAAGUGAGUGUUAACAGGAAGAGACUGUUGUCAUCCGGACAAUGACCUUCACCUUACUGGGAGAACUGGGAGGGGCCUGUACAGCCCCCUCCAAGCCACCUAAGAAGCCAGAUGUUUUCAAGUCAGCAAACAUUUACUGAGCAACUACUAUGUACAAGAUGAACAUCUGCAACAAGCCCUCCAACAAGACAGCUCCUGAGAAGAGUGUGUGGACGGCGCCCGCACAGGCCAGCAGACCCUCGCCGGAGCUGCAGGGCCAGCGGUCCCGUCGGAAUGGGUGGAGCUGGCCCCCUCACCCGCUCCAGAUUGUGGCUUGGCUGCUCUACCUCUUCUUCGCUGUCAUUGGCUUUGGGGUCCUUGUUCCCCUCUUGCCUCACCACUGGGUGCCCGCUGGCUAUGCUUGCAUGGGCGCCAUCUUUGCUGGCCAUCUCGUGGUUCACCUGACUGCUGUCUCCAUCGAUCCAGCAGAUGCCAAUGUGCGGGACAAGAGCUAUGCAGGGCCACUGCCCGUCUUCAACCGUAGCCAACACGCACAUGUCAUUGAAGAUCUGCACUGCAACUUGUGCGACGUAGAUGUGAGCGCUCGCUCCAAGCACUGCAGCGCCUGCAACAAGUGUGUAUGCGGUUUUGACCACCACUGCAAGUGGCUCAACAACUGCGUGGGCGAGAGGAACUACCGGCUCUUUCUACACAGUGUGGCAUCUGCCCUACUGGGUGUCCUGCUCCUCGUGCUGGUGGCCACUUACGUCUUUGUGGAGUUCUUUGUCAACCCCAUGCAGCUGCGCACCAAUCACCACUUUGAAGUCCUGAAGAAUCACACAGAUGUAUGGUUUGUGUUCCUGCCCGCUGCCCCUGUGGAGACACAGGCUCCUGCCAUCCUGGCCCUGGCGGCCCUACUCAUCCUUCUGGGCCUGCUUUCCACAGCCCUGCUGGGCCACCUGUUCUGCUUCCACAUUUAUCUCAUGUGGCACAAGCUCACCACCUAUGAGUACAUCGUGCAGCAUCGCCUGCCACAGGAGGCAAAGGGGGCCCACAGGGAGCUCGAGUCAUGUCCCCCCAAGAUGCGGCCCAUUCAGGAGAUGGAGUUCUACAUGAGGACCUUCAGCCAUGUGCGCCCAGAACCCCCUGGCCAGGCCAGGCCUGCCACAGUGAAUGCCAAUCUUUCUCAGUUCUUUGCUACCCAAGGCCAAGUGGAAGCCCUGCCACCCUCUUCCCCAGAGACUCGGGCUCUGUCCCCCCGGAUCCAACCCCAGAAAAAGAGGAAGCGGCGAGCAUAUAAGGUGCCAACCUCUGGGACCUUGGACCCUGAAUCGCAGCUGCCUAGGCUGCCAGGGCCCCGGGCCCCAGGCCACAGCUCCAGCUCCUUGUCCGAUUCCGCUGGUGCCAGCCCAGUGCACGCCGCUGGGCCUGCAGGCGCCUACCACUCGGCAUCAGCCGAGUCCAUGGACGAGAUUCCAGUGGCACAGACCCGCCUCGGCAGCGCGGCUCUGGCCGCCCCAGGGGGCAGGGGCCGAGAGCCUGGGCUGGCGCUGCAGGUGCGUGCGCCGGCGGUUUUCGUGAGCCCGAGCAGCGGCAGGCCCGGGGCGCGGGGCAGCCCGGAGGCCGACCUGGAUUAGUCAGGAGGAGAGGCAGGAGGGCCAAGGAGUAGCGGCCAGCCCGGAUUCUCUAUGCAAAACCCCCACCCUCGCCGCACGGAGUGCACUUUAGGAGCCCCUGCGGUCGGCGGGAUGGGACCCCUUCUCCCAUGACUCAGCAAUACCCGCCCCACCGGCCAUCAUGCUCCAAUAAAAAAAAUUUUUUUU